CGAGUAGAAGCAUCAGUGGAGGAGGACAGAGCGGACCUGAACGCUGCCACCGUCUCUGAGCGACCGCUGCUUCGUCCAACUCAUGGCUCCUCGCCUUUGAAUCACCCCUGCUGGACUGAAAAACAAAGAUGGAGAACAACACCACCGUUUUCCAGGACGUCGCUCGGCUUGUGAAUCUGACUGCGAUGCCUCUGAACUCUGUCGAGGAACAAGUCAUAACCAUACUGUUGACGACGCUCAUUUGUGGCGUCGGGAUCGCGGGGAACGUCAUGGUCGUGCUCGUCGUCCUGCGCACCAAACACAUGGUGACGCCAACGAACUGCUACCUGGUCAGCCUGGCCGUCGCUGAUCUUAUUGUGCUGCUGGCUGCAGGCCUGCCCAACAUCUCCGAUGUGGUGGCUUUCUGGAUUUACGGCUACACAGGGUGCCUGUGCAUAACGUACCUUCAGUAUCUGGGCAUCAACGUGUCGUCCUGCUCCAUCACGGCGUUCACCAUUGAACGCUACAUCGCAAUCUGUCACUCCAUAAAGGCCCAGUUCAUAUGCACGGUCUCCAGAGCCAAAAGGAUCAUAGCUGGGAUCUGGAUCUUCACUUCCCUCUACUGCACCAUGUGGUUCUUCUUGGCAGACACUAAGGAAACCGUUUACACCAACGGGGUGGUUGUUACGUGCGCCUACCGCGUCUCCAGGAGCUUCUACAUGCCCAUCUACUUCCUGGACUUCACUCUUUUUUAUGUGGUCCCCCUGAUUGUAGCCACUGUGCUGUACGGGCUCAUCGCAAGGAUUUUGUUCAUGAGUCCUCUGCCUUCACAUCUGAGUGACCGAGCAGGAGGAGGGUCGGUUCAUCAGGGCCACUCCCACAGCACCAACAAGCCCAACAAGGGAGCCAUUACUGCAAGGAAGCAGAUAACGAAGAUGCUGGCCGUGGUGGUGAUCCUCUUCGCGUUGCUGUGGAUGCCUUACAGGACGCUGGUGGUGGUCAACUCCUUCAUCGACCCUCCGUACCACGACACCUGGUUCCUCCUCUUCUGCCGGAUGUGCAUCUACACCAACAGCGCCAUCAACCCCAUCGUCUACAACCUCAUGUCUCAGAAGUUUCGCGUCGCGUUUAAAAAGCUGUGCAGGUGCAGCUGCCAUGGCAGGGAGGCCGAGUACAAUGUGCCGAUUUACUACAGCGUGAUGAAGAGCUCGUCCGGUGGGAGCAACGAACCGGUCACAGAGCAGGAGGAGCUCAGCGGUCAAACCUCCAGCAGGUUCAACGAGACGGAGGAUGAUGCCAGCGCGCUCAGUGCAUGAAAUGUUGUUCAAACGGUUUCCGGUUAUUUCUAUGGGUAAAAAGAUGUGUGGAUAUUCUUGAUGAAUUCUGUAGUGCUUAUGUGUGGAUUUGUAUAUUUUGCAUUUCUCAGCAGUGUAUUUAUUUUAAUAUUCCUGUUUGUACUGUAAAUAUGAAACACGACAAGCUUCGGUGUUUGUAAAGUCACACAGUAAAAAUUAACAGCAAUAUUUAUGUUUAUCUGGCCUGUCUUAGAGAAAGAAUUUAAAUUUUUCAAAGUCAUGUUUUCACCAUGUUUUGCAUAAAUUUAUAAAUAUCAGAGCAGAGUUCCAGACUAAAUAUUUAAUGCACAAGCUAAAUAUUUAGUUUGCAAAUUAAAUAUUUGGCCUUCAAAUUAAAUAUUUAGUUGGGACUCUAAGUAUAUGGUUUACAUAUUUUUAAACUUCUGAACUAAAUAUUUAAGUCUGAGCUUAAUGAGGGGUUUUAGGAAAUAUGACACAGCCACUUUCAUCCUAGAGUUUUAAUUGUUGACAUAAACUUCCAUUUGAAUCAUUCUGAUCCCUUCUUUGGAGAAUAAAUCAUUAAAAAAGCCCCUGACUUGCUAAAUUUGCAGAGUCGCGUUGCUGCUGGUAGUUUUCUUGCUAAUUAACAGCUAAAGUAUCAUUAUAUUCAACCCAACAGUUAAAAAGUUACAUUUUCUGACAGCCUUAUUCAAAGUUUUUUAAAACAAAUUACAGCUUUUUUAUUUCACAUCAAGUCCCAUUUACUAUCACCAAAUUAUAAUCCUCUGUAAGUGAGUUUAGGAAUACUUUAAGAACUUUCAAGAUUAUAGCAACUCUUUAUUAACAACAUUAUGAUUAAUAAGACCCACGGCUUCAGCUCUACAAAAUGAAUACACAGCAAAACGGAUGUGAGAGUGCUCCAAUUGGCUUAUUUUGAUAAAUGAGGCCACAACGAGAGCCUGAGUCUGAGGGGAAUUGGAUUUUGGCACCAGACAGGCUUAUUAAUUAGCAGAUCGAACAUGUUGCCUGUUUCAAAGUUUUUAAGUUACGUGUAUUAGUUUUUCAAUGUUUAUCAUUGGUUAUGUGGUUUAGUUUCUCCAAUAUAUAUAUUUUCUCUGUUGGCUUUUAGCUCCCAGAUUGUCUUGAUUAAUGACAUUUAAAAAAUGCAUUUUCUAUAUUUUUGAUCAUUUGGCUUGUUUGGCCAUAUUCGAUUUAAAUCAAUAUUUUUUUUUAUUUUUAUUUUUUUGCCUUAUUUUAAAUCAGUUGGUUAGUUAUUGUUUCUCUAGGUUAUGUCAUGUUUGUUUAUCUAGUUAUUCUUCAUCUCUUAGUUUUAAGUUCUGCCUGUUCCCCAGUUUUGCUCCUCUGUGCCAUUUCUCUCUCUCUCUCCCUCAGCCUGCCUUCUGCUCUCUCCCCACAGCUGCACCCUGUUUUCUAGUUAGCAUUCAUCCCAUGUCUAGCAAUCAAUUUAACUCCCUUACUGGAUUCUCCUGUUGGUUCAUGUUGCUCCUUGUUUCAUGGUUUGUUGAUCAUCCUGUUUGCCUUCUCGCAUUUUUGUAAAUUCUGCAUUUGCUUCUCAAUUCUUACUUAAGAUGUGCAAUGCCUCAGAAAGCGUCUGCAUCCGUGUCCAAAUUCAGCCAACAUCAAAUCUUGAUGAUUCUUUAGUUAAAUCCUCCAUAGGCCUGAACGAUUAAUCCGAUUAAUUGUGAUUAAAUAAUUGUCAACUAAUUCAGUAAUUGAUCAAAUGUUAAUUGGAGUAUGCAGACUUUUAAAAAAUGGCCGAUUGUUGAAAUGAAAGAACAUUCUUAGGUAAGUAAAUAAGCAAACAUGUACAAAAAAUGCAUACAUUUUGUAUUUAAGGUUAAAAUGAUUGAAUUAUUAAAACAUCUAAAACUCCUCAAAUGGCAGCUUUAACUCCACCUGUAAAAAAUCUCGUAUUAAACACCUUUUGCUCUCAAUUACUAAGCGAUUAAUUGAAAAUUGAUCAACAGAUCAGCCCUAUACACUUUAUUGAUAAUACAGUAAGUCAAGCAGAAAGGCUUGAGCGUUUCACAAUUUGAUGUUGGAAGUAUUUGUUUUUGCUGCAGACGUGUCUUAUUCUACAAACGGUCAAGCAUACCAUAUGUUGUUGCAUUUUAUGAAAUAACAUUUUCACUUGUCUACUUGCAAUGACAUGACUGAAUUUGGACUACAAAAUUGCUGUAAGAGGAAAAAAAAGUCACAAAACUGAUUAACUGGAAUUCGUGAUUUUGUUCAGCAGCUCCAGAGUAAAUGCAGUGAGGUCAUAGAAAAGAAGACGUCAUAGGCAAAAAACUGAAAAUAUAAAGACAUACGGGGAGAGAAUAAAUAAAAAAAUAAACUCCUAGACAUUCAAAGUACAGAAAAACAUAUUUAAAGACUAAAAAAAGUGAAUUUUGCAUGAUAUUCCCCCUUUAAUCCAAUGCAUCCCUUUUAAAACUCCUUAUAGUUUUAAAAUCUAAUUUUACAAGUAACAUAUUUGCUGACAGUUAUAUUUAGAAACUGUGAGGCUGAAAUAAUUAGCAUUAGAAGAAGACAGGAUGUCAGCAGAAAAUGCUGCAUAACUGGAUCUCUUUUGAAAGCAGACGACACAAUGAGUCGUUCCUACGCCAGAAUGAAUAAUUUAUUCACAGCAUCUGUCAAGAGCUCUCGUCAUUAACACAAAUAUUCAAAGAGCAACUAGAGUUGAUUGUUGCACAGCAGUAAAGAGGGUCGUCUUUGUUUUUUAUCCAUUUAUCCUGUGGGGUACAAACCGACCAGGUUCAGAUCUGGAAGCUCCUUCAGUAAAAGGACAAAAUGCAGAUCAGAUCUUAUUACAACAUAAGUUUCUAAGAAAUCAGACACAUUAUUCCUGUAAAAUAUUUAAGAACUCGCUUUG